AUGGAGCUAGAACUAUUCGAUGUAUGGGGAAUUGACUUCAUGGGGCCUUUCCCAUCCUCCUACUCAAAUAGUUAUAUACUUGUGGCUGUAGAUUAUAUUUCAAAAUGGGUGGAGGCUAUUGCCACCACCACAAAUGACAACAAGGUAUGGAGUCAAACACAAGGUGGCAACCCCUUAUUAUCCACAGACCAAUGGGUAAGCAGAGAUUUCCAACAGGGAGCUAAAAAGGAUUCUCAAAAAAAAAAAACUGUUGGAAGCUCAAGAAAGGACUGGUCUAAGAAGCUAGACGAUGUUUCAUGGACCGACAGGACAUCCUUCAUGACCCCCAAUGGGAUGUCACCAUACCAACUAGUAUUUGGCAAGGCUUUCCACUUGCCAGUUGAACUGGAGCAUAGAGCCUUCUGGGCUCUAAAACUACUGAACUUUGAUGAGGGAGCUGCUGGAGAAAAGAGGCUGAUGCAACUCAACGAGCUGGAAGAAUUUAGGAACCAAGCAUAUGAAAAUGCAAAGAUCUACAAAGAGAACACAAAAAAAUGUCAUGAUCAAAAGAUAGCAAGGAGGGAGUUCACUGAAGGACAAAAGGUGUUAUUAUACAAUUCUAGACUUAGGUUCUUCCCUGGGAAGCUUAAGUCUAGAUGGUCUGGACCCUUCACCAUCAUCAAAGUGUACCCCUAUGGUCAAGUGGAGCUCAUGGAGGACAAAACACAGAGAACCUUCACUGUAAAUGGCCAUAGACUCAAGCAUUACCUGGGGGACUCACUGGAUGAAAGGAGAGUGAGCUACCACCUCAACUGA